GCUAUUUGCCUCAACUCAAACCACUAUGGCGGCAGCAGCACGGUCAUCAUUCAACUACACCACCUUAUCACGGCGCUAUUGUGUUCUAGGCGAGAUCCCAAGCUUCAAGCUCCUCGAGACAGAAACUUCUUACUCAUUCCUUGAUAUUGGCCCCCUCUCCAAGGGUCAUGCUCUGAUCAUCCCUAAAGACCACGCGGCAAAGCUUCACGAGCUCCCAGAUGAAUACCUUACGGACGUGCUGCCCAUCGCGAAGAAGAUCGCCGCUGCACAAGGGCUUGAAAACUACAACAUCCUCCAGAAUAACGGCCGCAUCGCACACCAGGUCGUCGACCACGUACACUUCCAUGUUAUUCCCAAACCUGAUGCGUCAGACGAGGAGGGGCUCGUUAUCGGAUGGCCCGCGAAGUCUGACGUCAUGGAAGAAGUCAAGAAGUAUCACCAGGAACUCCUUGGAAAGCUAUAAAGCGCAUCUGUGGCGCUCCCGAGUUGCUAAUAAACGACGACGAAGCUAGAAGGAAAGCUAAUAACUAAAUUCGCUGUGUUCCCGGAGUCUCCAUUGAUCUUAGAGCAUUUCUCGGGGUGUAAUAUAUAGUAAGAGUUACCCCAACUGUUGUCAAUGCCCUUUUUUCUUGUAGCCAACCGAAAGGGCGUCCUUGUACCGAUACAUGCCAAAAACCUGGAUGGACUGGAGUAUCUUUUUAUCAAGAAGAUUGUUGCCAUCCCCAAGAUGUUUCAACACAGUAGGGCGUGUAUGGUCUGUUGGCUAAUUGCGCGGGGAGCGACAUCGGAAUAACACCGAUCCGACCGAAAUCUCCUUCGCAACUGAGAGCA